CCCCCAAAUUUCUCUUACGGUUUCCCACAAUCUUAACAAAGACUCAAAGAGAAAGAAACAUACAAAAAAAUAACCGUUACACAAUUUGCCCUAACCCUUGAUUACAUUUUUCAUCUCUCUCUCUCUAACAUUUAGAUUCAUCCAUUUUAGUUACAUACCUGAAAACUUGAGAAAUCAACACACAAUUUCAUUUCGUAUUUUCAGCAUCGAAGAUAAGAAGAGUUCGAGAAAAUAAAUUGAACAUCUGUUUUUUCGGCGACACCUGAAAUUUGGAUCUCCCAAAAAAAUAAAAUUUGAAGAUCAUGUUAUGCAAGGGUUGCAAGAAUGAACGAAUGGCCAACAUAGAUUUCCCCUUCAAGGUAUAUGUAUGGGCUAACUUCUGCUUUUCAUGGGAGGUGUAGAGGAUGGCCAACCACCCACAAAGCGGCUGAGAUUAUCUUGUGCAGGAUCAAGCAAUCUUUCUAGUGGCUUAAGAGCUGAAGAACAACCCGCAGCUGCUCGCUCUUUGAGGGAUUUGAUGGCUCGACCUAAACAAUACCAAGGGGAAGAAGAGGUGAUUGGUUCAAGAGGGGUGAUAAAAAAACUAGAGUUUGUUCGACUUAUAGCUGGUGCCUUGUAUGCUCUUGGUUAUGAACGUAGUGGUGCUUGCCUAGAAAAAUCUGGUAUACCAUUGCAGUCUGCUGCAGUAAAUUUGCUUAUGCAACAUGUUCUGGAUGGGAGGUGGGAUGAAAGUGCCUCAAUAUUGCAAAACAUUGGUGUAGAGAAUGAAACUAUAGUCAAAACAGCUAAGUUUUUGAUCUUGGAGCAGAAAUUUUUUGAGCUUUUAGAUGAUGGGAAGACAAUGGACGCUUUAAAGACAUUGAGGACUGAAAUAUCACCUCUGCAUAUAAAAACAAGUAGAGUGCAUGAGCUUUCUUCUUGUAUUCUUUAUCAUCCGCAAAGUUAAAAUGGAUUUGCACGCAGAGACUAUAUGAAAGGAAAAUUGCGUUCAGAACUUCUUGAUGAACGGCAGAAAUUGCUUCCUCCUACAAUAAUGGUACCUGCGAAAAGGCUGGAAUAUCUAGUGGAACAGACCUUGAAUUUGCAGCGUGAGGCCUGCAUGUUUCACAACUCUGCAGACUGGGAGAUGUCAUUUAUACUGACCAUGACUGCGGACAAUAUCCCUAGUCGUACUUUGCAGAUUUUAGGACACCCAGAUGAAGUGUGGUACUUGUAAAUAUAUAGCAUCAGCAGAUCAGCUAUUAUAUGGGAGUACAAUCGAGUGUUCAAUUGAAUUCAACUCCACAAACAGCUGGUUCUCCUUCUGUGUCCUUUAAUGGAAUUCAACGACCACAGAUAAAGUUGAUUUGAUGAUUCAAGCUAAGCUGCUUCUGCAUGCAUAGCCCCGGUUCCCAAUAUCAACAUUUAUUCCUUUGUCUUUCUUUCUAUCUCUUGGUUUUGAUUUUUUUUUUUUUUGUACUGUUUGACGGAUUGUAAAAUUGAUUUGAUUGAGAACAAUUUUCUUUAUAACAACUACAUACUCAAUUUAUUUCUAA